AUGGCGUCCGCGUCGCUCGCGGCCCGCGCGCUCGACGCGUCCGCGCUUCGAAACCCGCGCGCGCGGAUCCCGCGCGCGUCCGCGGGCGCGCGCGCCCCCGCGGCGAGCGGUCGACGCGCGGUUCGGUCGGCACGUCAUCAAUUCGCGGCGGCGGCGAUUCCGAGGACGACGCCGCGCGGCCCCGCGCCGCCGCGCGCGUCCGCGGACGACGACGAGGAGGAGGAGGAGGACUGGGAGAAACUCUUCACGGAACUCAAGCCGCUGACGCCGGAGCUCCCGAGAUACAAGGCGCGCGCGCGUCCCCGCGCGUCGAAUCCCCCGCGCCGCGCCGCGCUCGGCUCGUCCCGUCCUCACCGCGUCGCGCUCGCGUCUCCGGAACCCAAGACGCCGUCCUCGAGCGCGAUUCGAUCGAUCCAUCCUUCCGUCGCGAUCCUCGAGAAAGCGCUCGCGCGAGGCCGCCGCCGCAUCCCCAUCUCCAAGAUCGCGCGCGACCUCGAACUCCGCCGCGACGACGUCCUCGCGUGGGUCCGCGCCAACGCGCACCGCGAACCGGAGCUCGCGCGAUCGCACCCGCCCGAGCCCGAGCGCGUCGCCACCGUGCGGCUCGACCGCGACGGCAACGUCGCGUCCGCGUCCCGCGCGGGAAGAAACGGCCGCGACGCCGCCGUUUCCUCGCAGACGUCGUAUCUGAAGCACGCCCCCGGCGCCGCGGAUGCGCACGUACCCAAGGGCGCGCCGGCGUGGAAGGGGUUCAACAAGACGCGGCUGGGAGCGACCAACGUCGCGACGCUCGAGAAGGUGUACGCCGCGGAGAGGUACCCGGACGACGGCAUGGUGGACAGCGUGCACCGCGCGACGAAGCUUCCGAGGUCGAAGAUCGUCGCGUGGUUUAAGACGAAGCGCGAGGAGGAGAAGGCGGCGAAGCGCGGCGGCGAGAGAAGAGGAGGCGAGAGAGGCGACGAGAGAGGCGGCCGCGGCGGCGGCGGAGGAAGAGCGCGAGACGGCGACGGCGACGGGUUCUACGACCGGCGGGGGCGGGACGACGGCAUGCGCGGCGGGGAGAUGAAGCGCGACGGGUACGGGAACAAGCCUCAGGCGGAGGGGAGGCGGGACUCGACCUCGGGGUGGAGCGGCGGACGCCGCCGCUGA